AUGCCUCAGCGGGAUUGCGGGAGUCUUUUUGCGGGGAAUGAGGGAUCCAGCGUGGAAAAAGUACCUCUACGACCCAAGCGGACGAGAAUCGACGCAAUUGAGUGUUUUGCAAUUCGCAUUACGACUUCCGAGCAGUUCGGUCGCCAGGAAACAGACUGCAGCACAAAGCGGGAUCACACGGGUUCUCUGCUGACUCGCUACGAGAUGACGAGCUGA